UGUGUGGGCGCGUUCCUGUGGGAAGCCGUGUGUACGAGCGCGGUGGCGGCGGCGGGUGUGAGCGAGUGACUGCUGGUGAGGGAAGAAGUUCCCGCUGCCCGAGAUGUGAUGACCCGAGCGGCGGCUGCAGUCAUGAGGAGCUGGGAUGUGGCAGGCGGUAGGAAGAAGACGCCUGGGGCGCCCGGGGGUUGGAGUCGGUUCCCCGGUGUGUGCCUGGUGCUGCUCAUCGUUGUCUUGCUGCUGCUUCCCCCGGCCUCGGUGUGCACGCUGUGUGAGGCGGACGGAGCGCGGAGGAGGCGGGAUACCCCGGAGCUGCUGGCAGAUCCACUUAUUUCCCUGAGUCCACCGUGUCUUACAGAAGAGGACCGCUCUAGCUUGGAAGCCAUCAGAACAAUUCAUAAACAAAUGGAUGAUGACAAUGAUGGCGGCAUUGAAGUUGAGGAAAGUGUUGAGUUCCUGCGUGAAGACAUGAACUAUAAGGACGCUUCUCACAAACACAACCACUUGCACAGAGAGGACAAACACAUCACAGUGGAGGACCUGUGGAAGAGGUGGAAAACAUCUGAAGUUCAUAACUGGACAGAAGAAGAGACUUUACAGUGGUUGUUUGAGUUUGUGGAGCUCCCGCAGUAUGAGAAGACUUUCCGGGAAAACUCUGUCAAGGGAACAACUCUGCCAAGAAUAGCUGUGAAUGAGCCGGCAUUUAUGAUCUCACAACUGAAGAUCAGCGAUCGGAGCCACAGACAAAAACUUCACCUGAAGGCGUUGGAUGUUGUCCUGUUUGGACCAUUAACACGCCCCCCUCAUAACUGGGUGAAGGAUUUUGUCCUGACCGUUUCUAUAGUCAUUGGCGUUGGUGGGUGCUGGUUUGCCUACACGCAGAACAAGACCUCAAAGGAACAUAUAGCUCAGAUGAUGAAAGAUUUGGAGGGGCUACAGAAGGCUGAGCUGAGUCUUCUUGAGCUGCAGGAAAGGUUGGAAAAAGCCCAAGAGGAGAACAGGACUGUUGCUGUAGAAAAACAAAAUCUGGAGCGCAAGUUAAUGGACGAAAUCUGUGAUGCAAAGCGGGAAGCUCAUCGCCUCCGAGAACUGAGGGAAGGAGCAGAAUGUGAACUCAGUAGACUGAAGUAUGCGGAGGAGGAACUAGUUCAGGUUCGCAUGGCGCUGAAAAAGGCAGAAAAGGAGUUUGAACUUCGGUGUAACUGGUCUGUCCCCGAUACGCUCCAGAAAUGGCUGCAAUUAACGCAUGAGGUGGAAGUACAGUACUACAACAUCAAGAAACAGAAUGCAGAAAUGCAGCUCGCAAUAGCUAAAGAGGAGGCAGAAAAAAUCAAGAAGAAAAGGAGCACAGUUUUUGGAACCUUACAUGUUGCACACAGCUCUUCGCUAGAUGAGGUGGACCAUAAAAUUCUUGAAGCAAAGAAAGCACUUUCAGAGUUAACCACGUGUCUGCGAGAGCGACUGUAUCGCUGGCAACAAAUUGAGAAAAUAUGUAGUUUUCAGAUCGUGCACAAUUCUGGUCUGCCAAACCUGACAUCGACGCUUUACUCAGACCACAGUUGGGUGGUUAUGCCCAGAGUCUCCAUUCCUCCUUACCCAAUAGCUGGUGGGGUGGAUGACCUGGAUGAAGAUACACCUCCAAUCAUUUCCCAGUUCCAUGGUUCCAUUCUGAAAACUCAUGGAACAUUGGCACGCAGCAGCAGCAUGUGUCGCCCUCGACGUAAUGUAAUUCCACCUUCCCCCCAGUCUCAACACGUCCUGCAGUCACCUGAUCCCGACAUUCUGUCGGUAUCGAGCUGUCCUGCCCUGUACCGCACCGAGGAGGAAGAGGAUGCAAUCUACUUCAUUGCAGAAAAGCAGUGGUAUGAGAAAUUAAGUCACGCUAAUAUGCCUAAAAGGGAAGCUCAAGAUACAGGCUCAGAAUGUGAUUCUUUAAACUCUUCAAUUGGAAGAAGACAGUCACCACCUUCAAGUCUGGAGGUUCAGCAGCAGCCCAUACGGAAGAUCUCAAAAGAGGAAACCUCAUGUGAGGAGUCUCUAUCUACAGACUCUCCUGUAACCACAGAUGUUUCUAAAACCUCCUCCCCUGACACCACAGGGUUGACAGAAAGCCAAAGCAUGGUCUUUAGUCCAGCCAGUAAGGUAUACAAUGGUAUUUUGGAGAAGUCUUGCAGCUUACACCAACUCUCCAGUGUUUUACCUGUCUCUAAGGCACCCCAUCCUUCCUUCCCUUCGUCUCCAAAUGACAGCAAGCCAGUUCAAGAAGUCCAUGGGAUUCCCGUACUUAAGACCACACCCCAUGACCUAUCUCAGAAUGGCGAGAAAAAAAAGCAAUCAAAAAUUAAAGUCCUGCUGAAGAAAAUCUCAAAGUAAAUGACUUUGAAGGGAUUAAAGACAAUGGAUGAAGCGUCUUAACGUUUUGAGAAUGUAACUCCUUGUGGAGUUUUUCAAGACUGAAUGUUCUGGGUGUGAUGCUCCGAGGUUCGUCUUAAAAUUUUACCGACUGUGAAGGUCAUGCCAACUCUUAUCACUGAAGUUCAACGGAAAGUGGAUCUGUUUACAGUCCCUUUUGUCUAUUUAUUUCUGCUCUUAAGUUUUUAGUUCUGAAUUUGUAAGAGGCCACUAGUUUGGACUUCCCAGCUCCGACGGACUACUCAAGCCUAUGUUGGGGAGUGCCCGAUCUCAUGUUUACUGGAGCAUCUUCUUAUCUUUCCACAGAGCUAUGACAUUUUACAUUAUGGACGAAGUAAUUAAUUGCACUACAGUUGAGGUUGAUUUUUCCAGAUUGGAAAAAAAAAAAAUCAAGGAAAUUUGCAAGUGAAAUAGUGAAAAGAUUUGUAAAAUGGCAGAUAAGAGGGUCUGUUUUCACUUUUAAAUCAACCAGGUUUUUAAGUAGAGCCUAGAGUUUCUAAUUGGCAAGAUUUCCAGAAGAAGACACUCAUACAUUUUUGUAUGGGGGAGGUCUAGAUUCACCUAUUCUUACUGUUACAGGUUGACGUCCUGCUGUAAAGAGUGUUUAUUUCUCUAGGGCUUUCACUGUGAUUUCACAGAGCUGCGAGCUGUAUGAUAUAUGUAGAUAUUAUAUAACAAGAGGGUGCCCUCUUGAUCUUUUAUGCAAGCGAUGAUCGGGGAUCGUUAUGGGAGUUAAUGCACUUAGAUUGGUGCUUUAAGUGCUAUUAACCAAUAAGCCGAGGAUUGUUUACAGGCAAAGGGUGACUGGAUUUGCUGUACUUUCUACUGUGUUGAAGUUUGAGGGAUUACUGUAUUUUGGGCUGACCCACUGACCACAUUUAGCAUGCAGAUGUGCAAACAACAAGUAACGUUUAUGGUUCCUCGUGUUCGAGUGUUACCGACUCACAUGCAUUUUCAUAGCUCCAAACUGACACCAUGGGUAUUGCUAAAAUGUACUGUUUGCCAUAAACCUCUCGCACUGCCCAGGCGACUAAUAACUGCAGUGGGGGCCCUUAUCGCUCUAACGCGCAUUUUCGUUUCUCUGCUACAAGAGAUUUGUACAUGUUGUACCAUACACAAUGCCACUUUUAAACUAAUAAUACUUUUGCUACUACAGACACCUAUGUCUACCCCCUUUUUGCCAAUACUUUGACAUGUUUUUCUCUUGUUUUUGCCUGUUUCAAAUCUUAAUCACUAGAUCUGUUACAUUUCAAAAUGUACAAUUUUCCAAUAAACUAAUUUAUUUGA